AUGUCUCUGGCUAAAUUGCUUGUCAUGAGUUUCCUGACUUUGAUUGAUCUCUGCAGCUGGAAGAUGGAGCCUGACCAGAGUGGCACCGGGCAGACUUCUCCCCGUGGGAACGACUGGGAGGUCGUGCAGCUCACCGCGUCGAACUACGCGUCUGCGCCUGGCCCGGCUAGAACUGAACCUUCUGGCGAGGAGUCUGAAGGCCAAGUGUAUGGCGCAGAAGGGGGUGAUUCGGCAGCCGCGGCACUGCUGAUGUCUGGCCACUUCUCGGUUCCGCAGAAUGAGGCUGAGAAUCUCCUCAUGGGAGCUGAUACUAGCAUAGAGCAGCAGGAGGCGCGCGGCAGCCAGUACGCAGUCUCUGACAAGGGUGAUGAUGGUGAUAGGGAGGAAGACCCGCAGGAGAAACUGAAGGAUGAUGUUCUUGACAGGAUCCCGUCCUUCGACAAAGGGAAAAGCCUUUCCUCUGUUGAUAUGGAACCUGAUGAUGGCAGCGAGUUGCACAGGGGUAGUCUGGUUGGAAAAGACCCAGUUACGUUCUCAUCCUCUGGUUACAAUGCAACUGACGCUGAGAAAGAAGCUACCGAGAGUGCCAAGGAGAAGACUGAAGAAAGUCCAACUCUCCAAAAUAUUGACCCUGUCACUGAUUCGUCCAAUAUUGUUGCUUCCGGUGACGAGAGCAAGCCUGACGGUUCUGGAGCCCCACGCAAUGCAUGGUGGCAGAAGCAACUUAUAUCGCUCUACAGGAGCGCUAAAGAGAGCAACAAGCUCUGGCCUAUCGUUGUGGCUGCUGCUGCUCUGAUGGGGAUGGCGUAUUUCCGGCGGCGCUGGCAGAAGGGCAAGCUGCAGCUUCAGCAGGUCAAAUUGCAACCUGCCAGCAGCAAGGAGAGAAUCAACCAGGCCACCGUACCGCUUAACCGAAUCAAGGACAUUCUUGUCGCCGGCAACCACCCGAGUCCGGCUCCUCACGGAAAUGCUCGAUUGGGCUGA